UCAAAGUUUGAAGCCCAAUAGUCAAUAGAUCAACAACAAACGCAAUUUUCCCCAAAUUUCGAACGCUGUCGCCUGUUUGUUCCCUUUCCCCCCUCUCUUUCUCCUCAACUCGAAUUUCUCUUUCUCCCUUCCUUGCACGUCGACAAUUCGAUCCCCACAAGCAUGUCGACCUUAAGAAACUUGAAGAUAAAGACUAGCACUUGUAAGCGUCUUGUUAAAGAGCUUCACUCAUAUGAGAAAGAGGUUGAAAGAGAAGCUGCUAAAACAGCUGAUAUGAAGGAGAAAAAUGCCGACCCUUAUGACCUUAAGCAACAGGAGAAUGUGCUGGCUGAAUCUAGGAUGAUGAUUCCUGACUGCCGCAAGCGCCUGGAGUCUGCACUGGCUGACCUAAAGGGAACACUGGUCGAGCUGGAAGUGUCUAGUGAGAAAGAAGGCCCAGAAAUAGAUGAAGCUCGAAGCACCAUUGCGGAUGUUGAGAAAUCGUUCCAAAGUGAAGAUGCGUAAUACAAAGUAUUUGGAUCGUUAAUUGCAAUUAAGAUUCUAGCUAAUGUAAGAGGGCCCACCAUAUACUCAGGAAAGAAGUCGAUUGAGGUUUUCUGUUGAGAUUGGAGAAACCAUUUUAGCCUUCAGUUAUGAGGUAAACUGAACUUCCUUGCACAUCUGGCCUUUUGAACUUUUAGGUUCCAAAGAACUGACUGAUUUUCUCCCUAAAUUUGUGUGGAAUUAAACUAAGUUUUGUUGUAAUUAAUAUUGAAUAAAGAGCAAUAAAAGUACGAGUAACUAACUUUAGCUCGAUGAUGUAUUUGGUGUGUAUCAACAUAUUGUGUACAACUUUAUCCUUGACGUGCCAUUCUGUUUUUCUCUA